AUGUUUCCGGGGCCAAGCACAAUUCCGACGAACUUCAGCAGCAGCCAUAUAAACUCCGCCGAGGCGCUGCAGCAGUUCCAGCGGGACUUUUGGAAGGCACAUAUGGCGAGCAUCGAAGAUAACGUGCCGGACUUUAAGACCCAUUUAUUGCCAUUGGCAAGGAUCAAGAAGGUGAUGAAGAGUGAUCCGGACGUUAAAGUGCAGAUGAUUAGUGCGGAGGCGCCGAUUCUGUUUUCCAAGGCGUGUGAGAUAUUCAUUACGGAGAUUUCGCAGCGCGCGUGGAUGAAUGCUGAGGAGAAUAAGAGGCGGACUUUGCAGAGACAGGAUGUUUCGUUUGCGGCGCAGAGGAGUGAAAUGUUUGACUUUUUGAUUGAUGUUGUGCCGAGAGAGGAGUUUUCG